GAUGUUGUGAUUGGUUGCGUAGUACGAUGUGUCAAAAUAUGAUACUGAGAGGCGUGGUGUUGCAGUACAAGAAAUGAUAACAAUGUAAACUGUUGUUGAGCGUCAUGAAGUGUGGUUGACUGGCAGUUUCAAUUUUAAAAUGUAGGAGUUAGUCCGCAUCCCAAAUGGGAGCUGGAAAACUCAACCGUAUCUAACAGGACUUAAUCGUUAUGAUACGGGUGAACCUGAAACUUAUGCUGUUCCUCCUAUGUAUUAUUGCGAUAUGUAUGACACUACCUUUGUGGAUGAAGUGUGGGGAAGCUGUAUAUGCCAGAAAAUCUCAUUCUGUAGAUUGGAACAACAAGAAACCUUCAAAUAGUGUUCCAGGUCUAGGUGCAGGUGAUUUGCUGGAUCAUGGUACCGACAUACAGGGCUUUGAAGAAAUUGACUGCAGUAUUAACGGUGAAUAUACAGUGAGCUGCAGGAAAGAAGGGGGAGAAGUAUAUGUACCAUUUUCAUUUCUCAAUAAAUAUUAUGAGGUUUUUGGGAAACUUGCUACCUAUGAUGGGUAUGAAAGAUUUGAAUGGUCUCAUAGUUAUUCCAAGAUUUACAAACCUAAAGGAAAAUAUGAUCCAAAAGGAGUGUUCAUGUAUUUUGAGAACUACAAUGUCGAAGUUCGGGAGAGGGUCAAAUGUGUCAGUGCUGUGGAAGGAGUACCAGUGUCAACUCAGUGGCAACCUCAGGGUUACUUCUAUCCCACACAGAUAGCACAGUUUGGCUUAGCACAUUAUAGUAAAAACAUGACCGAGCCAGAACCUCAUCAAGUGGUUGUGGAGGAUGGAGAUAAAGAGAGAGGAAGUUGGAGAGUUCCUAAAGACGCUGAGCUUAAUUAUAUAAAAAAUGGCACAGGGAACUAUAUUGUCUGUUUUAAGAGCCAAGAAAACAUUGUAGAUGGUGUCACAAUACAGCUUGAUCAUGUUAUGGAUUUGGUACUGAGCCUUAACUUCAAGCUCGAGGGCAAUGGUAGUUUCACAGUGACACUGCAGAAUCGUGAGAAGCAUGAGUGGUUCUAUCUACACUACAUCAGCUCUGACCUCCUUAUAUCUGCCCAGGAUCAGCACACCUACCAUGGUAUUGGUCAUCAAUCUGAAUGGCGCCUUCUGACACGUGAUCUCAUCAUUGACCUACAGAAAGGUCUGGCAUAUCAGAAGAAGCCCAAAAGAAAGCUGUUCAGAUCCAAAAUAAAGGUUGUAGCUUUGACAUUUCAUGGAACUGGGUGUGUGGAUAAUAUAACUCUCUCAUCCAGUCAACACAUUGCUCAGUUUUAUGAUGCUGCCCGGUGGCUUGUUAACCACCAGGACGCAAAUACAGGUGGUUGGCCUAAUGCUGUACGCAGGAGGCUGUCGUCUGGAAUGUUAGAUCUUGAACCAGGCUGGUACUCAGCAAUGGGCCAGGGCCACGCAAUUUCUGUCCUGGCACGUGCAUACCACCAUUCAGGAGGAGACCCACAGUAUCUUCAAGCUGCUGUCACUGGACUCAAACCAUUUCGUGUGUCAAGUCAGAAUGGAGGUGUGCUAGCAAUGUUUCUUGACCAACUACCUUGGUAUGAAGAAUAUCCUACACAGCCCUCCUCUUUUGUGUUAAAUGGAUUCAUUUAUUCAUUACUAGGACUGUAUGAUUUGCAGACAAUUGCACCAUCUGACACAGCUGCUGAGGCAGCAGAUCUAUUCAAGCGUGGUAUGAGGUCACUCAAGACAUUGCUACCACUGUUCGACACAGGUUUUGGGUCUGUUUAUGAUUUACGACAUUUUACAUUGGGAACAGCACCUAAUCUAGCACGGUGGGACUACCAUGCCACUCAUGUCAACCAACUGCUGUUGCUUGCUACCAUUGAUUCGGAUACCCUUCUGGCAGAAACAGCUGAUCGUUGGGCAGGCUACAUGAUGGGCAAGCAUGCAGCACACAACUGAAGCUGAACAAUUUCUUUACAGCAUGUGAAACAUGUUAUUUGGUAAUCAGCUUUAUUUUGUUGUAUGUACUUAUGUUUGUCGUGCUAAACUUCUCUUCGAUGCUAUGCGUGGCUGUAAGAGACAUAACACUGCAUUAUGGUAAGAAAGUUUACAGUAUGAUUUGUUCUUGGUAACAUUACAUGGUAAAUGACUUUGUUUUCUGUUAGUUUUAAUAGAUUUAUACAUUAGGAUGAUAAAUCGGAAGCUUCAUCAUC